GCGGGCUCGGCUCGGCGUUCGGCCGGGCUCGGAGGCGGCUCGGGUCGGGCGAACGGGGGCUCGGUUUCGGCCGAGCCUUUCGGGAGGCCUCGGGCCCGGCUCGGCUCGGCGUUCGGGCGGGCUCGGAGGCGGCUCGGGUCGGGCGAACUCGGGCUCGGUUUCGGCCGAGCCUUUCGGGAGGCCUCGGGCCCGGCUCGGCUCGGCGUUCGGGCGGGCUCGGAGGCGGCUCGGGUCGGGCGAACUGGGGCUCGGUUUCGGCCGAGCCCUUCGGGCGGGCUCGGCUGCGGGCGGGCUCGGCUUCGGGCGGGUUCGGGCUGGGUUCGGGCGGGCUCGGGCCGCAGUCGGGUUUGGUUCGGCCGGGUUCGGGCCGGGUUCGGGGCGCGGGGGUGUGGCAGGGGGAGUCCGCAUGGAGGACUCGGACUCGGCGGCCAAGCAGCUGGGCUUGGCCGAGGCGGCGGCCGUGGCGGCGGCGGCGGCCGUGGCGGCGGCGGCGGCGGCGGAGGAGGAGCCGGUCCUGGCCGAGGACGACGACGACGACGACGACGACGAGGCGGAGGAGGCCGACCCGCGGGUGACGGCCGUGGCGGUGAUGGCGGCGGAGCCCGGACACAUGGACAUGAGCGCCGAGGCCCUGCCCGGCCCGGACGAGGCCGCCGCCGCCGCCGCCGCCGCCGCCUUCGCAGAAGUGACCACGGUAACCGUAGCCAACGUGGGCGCCUCCGCAGACAACGUUUUCACGACGUCGGUGGCCAACGCGGCGUCCAUCUCGGGACACGUCCUGUCGGGGAGGACGGCCCUGCAGAUCGGGGAGAGCUUGAACACGGAGAAAGCCACGCUCAUCGUGGUCCACACGGACGGGAGCAUCGUCGAAACCACGGGCCUCAAGGCCCCGACCACCCCCCUCACCCCAGGCCCUCAGUCUCCCCCACCUCCCUUAGCUCCCGGCCAAGAGAAAGGAACGACCAAGUACAACUGGGACCCCUCGGUCUACGACAACGAGCUUCCCGUGCGAUGCCGUAACAUCAGCGGGACGCUCUACAAGAACCGGCUCGGCUCAGGCGGGCGGGGUCGCUGCAUCAAGCAGGGCGAGACCUGGUACAGCCCCACCGAGUUCGAAGCCAUGGCCGGCAGAGCCAGCAGCAAAGACUGGAAACGGAGCAUCCGCUACGCCGGAAGACCGCUGCAGUGCCUCAUUCAGGAUGGGAUCUUGAACCCUCACGCCGCCUCCUGCACUUGCGCCGCCUGCUGCGACGACAUGACUCUGAGUGGCCCGGUAAGGCUCUUUGUGCCUUAUAAACGACGCAAGAAGGAAAAUGAAAUGUCUUCCGCCCCCGUGAAGAAAGAUUCCUCCAAAAACAUCACUCUGCUCCCUGCGACGGCUGCUACGACGUUCACGGUGACCCCCGGGCAGAUCACGACGUCCGGCGCCCUGACCUUCGACCGGGCGUCCACCGUGGAGGCCACGGCCAUCAUCUCGGAAAGCCCGGCCCAGGGCGACGUCUUCGCCGGCCCUGCCGGCCAAGAGCCGGGUAUCCAGCAGCCGUGCCGGGUGCGACAGCCGGAGCCUCACUACCCCGGUUACCAGGACAACUGCCCCAUCUCGCCCUUUCCGGAAGCCGCGCUGCCCACCUCCCACCCCAAAAUCGUGCUGACGUCGUUGCCCGCCUUGGCGGUGCCCCCCAGCGCCCCCGCCAAAGCCCCGCCCGGCCCGGGCCCCAACAGGCUGGAGACCCCCGACCAACGCAGCUGGCUCUACCUGGAAGAGAUGGUCAACUCGCUCCUGAGCACCGCGCAGCAGCUCAAGACCCUGCUGGAACAGGCCAAGCAGGCCGGCGGCACGGCCGCCGCCCUCGCCCACGACAAAAUCCAGCCCGACGGCGACCGCAAGGAGCAAUCCUGCGUCAACUGCGGCCGCGAAGCCAUGAACGAGUGCACGGGCUGCCACAAGGUCAAUUACUGCUCCACUUUCUGCCAGCGGAAGGACUGGAAAGACCACCAGCACAUGUGCGGGCAGCCGGUCACCGUCCAGGCCAACGAGAUGCACGUGACGGACAGCGUCAUGGACAAGGUCGCCGUGUGAGAGGAGCCGGGGGGCCCCGGCGGGACCGCCCGCCCCCAACACCGCCCGUGGGGUUUCCGGCACCGGUCCGCGUGCGGGAGCGGACACGGGAGCGA